UUUCAAUUUUUUGGGGGGAUAAAACAUUCACAACUUCCCGGAAGAUCCAUGCCAAUUUGUUCAGUGCCGUGUUAGAACAGUGAAAUUCAUGAACUGGGCACGUGGUUAUUUAAGAAAUUAAUCAGCAAGGGAUUCGGUAGACUAUGUCUGUAAGGCGUUCCACAGGUCUGAAGCUUUCUAAUGGCGACGGAAGCCAAAUGUGCAGAAUACUUUAAAUUCUUCUAGGUUACAGAAAGUAACCCAGUUUAAGCCCGGAAAGCUAUAAAGACUACAGAAAUCUGACAGAGUAACGGAGGUCAAGAAUUGAAAUGGUGGGCGAGCGCCAGAUCUUCAAGCUUUCCGGGCCUGCUCAUCUGACCGCUGUCGACUGGUCGGAUCCAGAUCACAGACGAUGCAUAGCCGCCAGUUUAGUGCAGGGCGUAGUCGUGCAGGAACGAGACAGGCAAGAGCACAGGCAUGGCCCGGAUGCGCAGGCUGAAAAGUGGUGGAGCUUCUUCAAAUUCAAGCUAAUUCAACCUCUGUACGACGGCGUUGACGGUUCCAUUUUUGGGUCGGUUUACAAAUGGAGCAGAAAAGCUGCGGGUGUCUGUUCGCGCCCGGCGGGUGCGCCCAAAAUAGUGGUGGCUUUUCGAGGUACGGUUAAAACCCGUGAGUCACUGGCCAGAGACCUCCGUCACCAUCUGCACAUUUUCAUAAACCGACUGCACACCACGUCUCGAUUUCACACCGGUUUCGAUGCAGUUAAAACGAAUGUUGACAGACACGGGUGUGAAAACGUGUGGAUCGCCGGGCAUUCUCUCGGGGCCGCCAUUGGGAUGUUAGCGGGACGGAAAAUUGCAGAGGCAGAGGGGCGUUUUGUGGAAGCCCAUUUUUUUAACCCGCCAUUUGUUUCGGCACCUCUGGAGAGGAUUAAGAGCAAGAAAAUUAAGCGCGGGUUGCAUUUUGCCGGUAGCGUGGUCAAGGCUGGUCUGGCCAUGACGCUUCAUGGGAAAGACACUCGGAUUGAAUCGCAGAGAAUGUUUUCUGUUCUGCAAUGGUGGGUUCCUUGUCUGUAUGUUAAUCCUAAGGAUGAUUUGUGCUCGGGUUAUGUUGGGUAUUUUGGUAACCAGACAGCGAUGCAGCAGAAAGGGGCCGGGGGCAUUGCGAGCCUUGCGGCGCAGCAUUCCAUCCGGGUAAUGGUGUUUUCUGCAUUUGGGAAAGAGGCCAAGGCAGGCCAUUUGAUUCCGUCUGCUAGACUUAAUGUUAAUCGUAGUUCGGCGUCUGAUUUUCAAACUGUGCAUGGGAUUCAUCAAUGGUGGGCGCCGGAUAUCAGAAUUGAUUGCACUGAGUUUAAGCUUGGUACAGACCAGAAGUCAGGAGGUUCGCUUGGAGGAUAAAGAAAAAAAAUUAGCUGUUGCAUGAUGAAUUUUAUGGGAAUCAGACCUGGAAUUUCAAGUUAGUUAUCCUGUCAAUUGAAAACUUGUUGACAGAAACUAUUUAUACUCGGAUGUUCUUUGUUUCUCAGAUCUUGAUGCUUUCACAGAAUGUGACCAUGGAGGUUAGAUGCAAAAAUUUUAACAUUUUUUUCUUUUUAACUCAAUUGUUUUCGAUCCUGUCUGUUGAAGCAGAUCAUAUUGAAAAUUGAAUAAAACAAUUUAUUCAACUCAA